UAAAAAAUUGGUACACAGUUUUGGGGCAGGCUAGUGUAUUUUUUCCUCGGCUUGUUUUCAUUCGGAGUGAGGGAUCGAAGUUGACAAAACAAAUGUGAACCGUGGAGUCACGAGUCGGUGUAUCACAGCUCAGGUGGAUCUAGAUGAUGGACACGGAGAAGAGAGUCCAAGGGAGUACACGCGGACUACACGAUCAGAUUUCACCGCUGCAUUUCACGAAUCAGUAACAUCUAAACAUUUUCUCUGACUCGAAUGACAACAGCGCUCGAUCACUGGCCGCUGGUUGUCCUGCCGCAGGACAUCAGUUCUCUGGAAAGUUGAUCUCGAAACUCUGCGGCCCAGCCAUGUCUGGAUCCCCGGGCUCGAGUGGCUCCAACCCGCGGAAGUUCAGCGAGAAGAUCGCGCUGCACAACCAGAAACAGGCGGAGGAGACGCGGGCCUUCGAGCAGCUCAUGACAGACCUCACCGUCUCAAGGGUGCAGUUCCAGAAGAUCCAGCAGCUCCGUCUGUCUCAGAACCGGGCACAGUACUACGGUGGCUCGCUGCCCAACGUCAACCAGAUAGGCAAUGCCAGCACUGAUUUCCAGGGGGGGUUUCCCUCCGGUCUGGACUCUGUGCGAGGGACUAGACACCAUGGUCUGGUGGAGAGGGUCCAUCGAGACCGCAAUCGGAUCAACUCACCGCACCGUAGGCCCAUUGACAAGCAUGGACGGCAGGCUGAGAGUUCUCCAUAUGGAACGAUGUACCUUUCUCCUCCCCCUGACAACAGCUGGAGAAGGGAGCAACUGCCAUGGACUGAAGAGAAACGACCUGGAUUUAGAUUAAUAUCGCAGCUUAACAGAACAAACUCUGACUCAGCUCUGCACACCAGCGCCAUGAGUCCAAACCCACAGGAUCCUUUUGGCAUGAACCAGCAGAUGGGCAGAGGACCUCCUCAGCGGAACGCCAGCAUGAAUGAAGCAGAGGUGGACAAUGCUGGAGAUGUGUUCUCAUUUCCUGCGGUCCCUAAUGAGGACAAUCUACUCGGUGUGAAUAAGCCACUGCCCAAACAGUUAUGGGAGGCCAAAAAGGUGCAGUCGCUGUCCUCUCGGCCAAAGUCCUGUGAAGUGCCUGGAAUCAAUAUAUUCCCAUCUCCGGAGCAGAAUGCUGGUCUGUCUCACUACCAGGGCACGUUAAACACUGGCGGGUCUUUGCCUGACCUCAGUAACCUGCACUUCCCCUCUCCGUUGCCCACUCCCCUGGACCCUGACGAGGUUGGAUAUCCCAACCUGAGCGGAGGCAGCAGCACCGGCAACCUGCCUGCAGCCAUGAUGCAUCUGGGCAUUGGAAAUUCACAAGGGCUGUCAUCCUCUCUAAGCAACCCUUCCAUCCAGGCGUCCCUCAACAACUCUCAGCUGCACUCAUCUCUCAGCAAUCCAUCGCUCCACACGUCCCUACGUCUCUCCUCGCUGUCCAACCCUCCUCCGACGGGCAUGGCGAGUUCACCCAGGAGGCGGCCAGCACCCAUUAGUCCUCUGACCCUCUCUCCGGGGGGUGAUCAGAGACGAAGCCUGAGUAAGCAGCUCUCCCCGACAAUGUCGCCCUCGCUCUCUCCGAUCACACAGCAGUUUGCGCUUGAAGAGAUACUCAGCUACUCAUCUGUGACGGGCCAUUUCUGUGGCAAUGGCUGCAGUAGCGCUGUCAUAUCUGGCUACCAGGAGCCGGGGGUUGCCUUGGACACCAGUAACUUACCAAUGGAACCGCCCCCUCCCUACCCCCAUUACCAGCAAACCCAGCAGCAGCAGCAACAGCCUUCCCAGUCCCAUCAGUCUAUUCAGCAGAGCUCCCAGCAUCCAGGGGUGCAGCAGCGACAAACAGGUGGCCAACAGCAGCAGCAACAGCACCAACAGCACCAGCCUGUGUCCCCGCUGCAGAACGUCCCGCUCGACUUUAAUUCCAGCGCUCACAACAACAUGGCAGCAUUCUUUAACGAUCCCUUUAUGGAGCUGCAGUUCUCCGGACGUCAGUCCAAGUGUUCAUCCUAUCAGGAUCAGUAUAACAUGUUGGAAAAUGUCAUGAGCUCAGUGGCCGGAGGAUUUGACCCUUCCUCCAACCUCUACUGCUCCCAGGCGGCCCUCAUGGGCUUGGGUGGUAGCCAUGGCAACCUGCAGGACCACCAUCAGAUGAGGCACAACAUGCUUUACUCUAAUUGUGGAGGAGGAGUGCCCAACAUUAUCCUUACAGACGACUCCAAUCCCAACCUAUCUAAGGACAUCAGCAGUGUGUUGUCUGCAGUGCCAGAGUGUUUGGACUCAGAGGGAGUUUUUCCACUGGAGGAUGAACUUCGUAUCGAGCCGCUCAGUCUGGAUGGACUGAGCAUGCUCAGUGACCCUGAUAUGGUCCUCCCUGACCCCUCAGUAGAGGACAGCUUUCGAAGCGACAGACUUUAAAGAGCCAAAUCCUGCAUGUAUACAUAGAUACAAGUCCAUGGACAUGAUGACUAAAGCACAGAACCUAUAGCACUCAGAUUUCUACAAACAUAUAAAAAAAAAAUAUCUUUUUUACAUUUUCUUAAACACAAAGCGCAUGCAUAAACACUACACGUUGAUAUGAAACGAAUCAUCAAGUUCGCAUGAGUCACCCAGACGCUGUCUCUCAGUGGCCGCCAUUGCUCGGCAUGCUCCAUCUGUCUCCCGAGACAACGCUCAUCACUCAACAGAUGUGUGAAACCAAUCUGGACGCUUCACAGUUGCUUUGACCUGUAAAGACGAUGAAACAAACACGCAUGCUUAAACACAUGAACCUGCCGUGUGUCUACUCCUAGUGCCGAGUGACAAUCAACACCGAAGCCAUAGCAAUGCCAAACCGAUGGCUGGUUCGGGCCGUUGCAUUGGUGGUCUAAUUCGAAGCCAUGCAACCAAAACAAAUUGAAUGUGCUUGUUUUACACAGUGCUUUUUAAUGUUAUCCUGUCACACCAGCUUUCAAUGACAUUUCGAUAGCAGCGAACGGAUGUGACGGUCUUGAAUGUGAAGACGACAAUGUGACGUGUUAUGGAACAGAAGGAGUCGACAGCCGGCCAAAUACCAGCCCAUAUUGAUGCACCAAAUGCUGUGAUACGAGACACCAGCAGGAUGGGUUGAGCCCCCCCCCCCUCUCCCCUCGUAACACCACCCAACCUUUGUUUCAAUACCAGGACUAGAACGCGCCUGGUGUCAGCCGCUCUAUUGAAUCGUCUGGCUCGGGCUUCUGAGCAGACACAUCUUAACUAACCAACAGUUUCUGGGGUCACUGGCUAAGCUAGCGGUGCGUUAGGUUCGCUGACCAAUCACCUUGCUGGUCUGUGAGCCAAAGCAACUUGUACAUGCUUCAGGCUGUCAAAACGUAGUCCGUCCUUCAUAAUGUGGCCAGUCCCCAUCAUUCAAAUGGUAGAAGACGAGAAUUCAUGAGAUCUCCUCCUGCACAGUCGCAUACUAGAAAAAGAGGACGGAAGAGUCUAGAUGAUGUGUAUAGAGCAUUAUUUUGCAUAUUUUUUUGUAUAAAAAGAAAAAAAAAAACUAUGAAAGAGAGCUUUGCCACAUAUAUGCCUCACGAUUUUCUGACUAGAAUGUAUUUUUGAAACAGAAAAAAGGGCAAACUGUUUACAAAGAUUAAGUUUAAGAACUUCGAAUUGUGAGUAGGCGCUGAAAUUUUUAUGAUUUUGGUAUAAAUCUAAAAGAAAAAAACUUUGUAUUUCGCUGACGUUGAUCCAGUCCAUAGUUGGCUAGAAGCUUUGGCUAUGCAGAAAUUUAGCACAGGACUGUCUCAGAUGGCUGGAACAAUCUAGACCACAAAAAUGAACUAUUUUAUGUGUAUAUUUACUAUAUCUUUGUGCUUAUUUCAGAUUUUAUACAGACUUGUAAUGCGGCUUCUAAUAUGUCAGUUGUAUUUGUACUUGUUUAUGUUCUCUCCCUUUUGAACUUUUGUUGUGGAUGUCUUCUUUAGUGAACGUUUGUUGUGAUGGUGUUUUUUACCGUUGUUCAGCAUGGGCCCUCUCUCUGCAGCUCUGAUCCUUGUGAGGUUUUUUUUUGUUUUUUUUUUUACGGGAAAAAAGACACUUUGGAACUUUAAAACGUCUUUAAAAGGUGUGAUUUGUGGACGUGGGACACAUGUAUCAUUGUUAUUGCUCGAGUUUAAGUUUGCACUGAUCUGAACAAAAUUGAUCUUUCGGUCACACCAGCAAAUCUGGUGUUUUUGUUUUUUUUGCCGAAGAUGUUAUUUCCAAUGACGCGAAGAUAUCUGCUUGAUGCACUGUUAAGAGGGCAUGUUAUGCAUGUGAGAACUUUGAAAUGAAUGCAGUAUAUUUUGUGAAUGGCUAGAUUCAAAUGACCAAAUAUUUUAAAAUGAAGAAAUAUAGCUCAGGAAUGUGUUUUUUCACCAAUAUCGUGAGGUCUCCUGCCUCUUGACUGCCAGAUCCGGGCAAAAUGUUCCCUGAGAAACUUUUAUAGCAAAGAUCCGGUAAGUUGAAACGCACUCUUCUAUCUGUUUUGUUAUCUGUGUAGCUUUCUAUUCCAGUUACAGAGUUGGUAAUAGAAAGCAAUAGCAACGUUAUCUGUGUGUGCCAUGUCCACAAUUGUUUUUUUGUUUUGUUUUGCUUUUGGUGUGUAUUUCUGCAUUCAUCAAGGUCAUUUUAGAGUUUUGGUCAAAACCAUCUUGUUGGUCAAAUCCAACAAGGUAGUCUUGGCUAAAAUUAUUCCUUUUUUUUUUUUUUUUUUUUGUGCAUUGUUCAUUGUGGUCCAAGUAGGCAAAAAGAGAGGACGAUUGACACGAGCAGAGAUUAAAGGUGCAGUGAGUUUGCUUAGUUUGGCGGGCAAAAAGGUCUAUUGUCUAUUAUCAGUAGUGUGGAGAUGUAUGAAGCACACCUAACACUUUUAAAUCUAGCAGCUUUCUGAACGCGGUGAAUCCGUGUGACUAACUUGAGCCCGUUGCAAGAUCUGCAUUGGGGUCUUUCGGGCUCUCGUGAAAUUCCAAAUCGCUUAAAUUCCUAUUGAAAUUAAAUGACUGGAUUUCGACAGCCCAAAAAUUACAAACAACAUAAGUGUGACCUCACCUUUAAGAAUGCCAUAAUUUAGUAUUGAUAAAUCUGGUCCCCCAUGUACAAAAAGGCAAAACAAGAUUUGGCUUUCACCCCCUGCAACUGCAGUUUCUUUUUUAUUAUAUAAUAUUGUUCUUUUAGAUGUAUUAUAAGCAUCUAGAACUUGAUUAUGGGUGAUGCAGACAC